GAACCCUCAAAUUAUGGACGCAAGGCAGAUGCUCUCUUCUCUGCUGCUUCUCCAUUUCUACGCUCCCAUUCUCCUCAUUGACUCCUAAUUCUCUCUCUCUCACAAUCCUCUUAAAUUCGAGGUAGGUUUUUGCUCUGAAGUCACCGCUUUGAUUGGUAGCCUUGUUUUUAUUAUUUUUUCUUUCGAUUUUUGUAACAUGUUCUACAGGACUUGGUGGUGCUGACUCAUUUUCCUGCUCCUAAUAUUCGUUACGUGUUUGUUCUUGAGUAAUUAUGUUAGUUUUCGGUUUCUGUUUUUGCUGGACUUUGUGAAUUUGGUAGGGGUUGUGUGUUUAAGUUCCGGUAUCUGUGCUUGUUGAUGGGGGAAGUUCGGUUUAUACAUAAGUAUGAGUAUUUGUCUAUCUAUUAUUAUGCUAUUGAUAUGAGAGGUGGAUUUGUUGCUUGAUUGUUGAUGAAGGUGCGAGUAGCUUCUUUUAUUUUAAAUUGCUGUCUUGUGUUUUCCAUGGAAGAAGCGGAUUCAUUGCAUUGCCUGGCCUGGCCUGGCCUUCCAAUUUAAACUCAAAGGAGAUUUAGCGUUUGUUUUUGCUCUCCCGUUAUUGCAGUAAAUUGAUCUCAAGGAUGUAGUGGAUUGAGAUCUUCAAAUUAGUGCUAUAUUUUUUAGAUUUUAUAUGCUCGUUUUGAAUUAGGACACAUGUGAUUCAAGUAUGGGUUUCUCUUAUAUAGUGCGUGCUGUCAAUGCAUUACAUGAUAUUAUAGAUCAUAGAAAAUCGCUUGGGAAGAAUUGGGCUUCGACACAUGUCUUCUAGAUCCAUGUGUUCUAUAUUUUACUAUGUGUUCUGGCUUCCUUUGUCCUUUAAAAAUCUUCUGAUGGUGUUUCUCUUAAUGUUAAAGGUAUUCUAAAGCUAGCAUUUUGUCCUAAACCUGAAUGGGCCAUUCAGGUUCUGUAAUGUUCCUAUAAGAAGUUAACGGAAGAAACAGCUUCUGUUAGACAUUAUUAAUGAAUUUUGAUUUGGUCACAAUUAUGGUUCAGAUUAUAUAUGUGAGUUGAGUAUUUGCCAUUUCCAUGUUGAAGUGCAACAAAAGAAUAAGUUGAAUGGGAAACCUCUGUCCCUGUAAUUAUUUGUUUGAUCGAUUAAUAACGUAGCUUUUGUUCAUUAAAUGGUUGAAAGCCUAUAGUUGUUUGGUUUGCAGUUAUUGAUUAUGGCAUUAUUGAUUUCAUUCCUUCAUACCUAUUUGGUUUUCUUGGUGGUCUCAAUUGAUCUUUUGUGCAGCCAAACAUAUAAGAGAUUGUUUGGUCAUCCCCAUUUUUGUUCUUUUUCUCCUCUGCGGAUUCUUCAAGGACAAGUGUUUUCAGUAAUUUGGGGAACUAAUGAGCAUGCAAUCCAAAUCUAAAAGCGCCAAUCAAGGAGAAGCCAGCUUUUACAAUGUAGAAAAUUCUUCUUCAUGUUUUGGGCCAUGGUGGAAGAAUACUGGAUAUAAUUCCUUCUCCCAUCCAAUGAUGAAGGGAGACGCAUCUGAGACAUCAUCGCUGGAACACUCUGUUGAUGGCCUUUCACAGUCUGAGGGUGCAAUGAAUGAGGAAGAUGACGAAACCAUCAAACAAACAUCGAGUACUGUAUCAGGCCUGACAGGGCGUGAUGGAAAUCCUAGGAUGGAGGAUACAAAUCUGCAGCAAGCUGGAUCUACCACACAACCUAGACCCAACGGUAACCUUGCACAAACAGCACAAUUUGAGCUUGCUGCUCCCUCAAUUGCAUGUGCUUCAAAUCCAUACGAUCCCUACUGUGGUGGCAUGACGGCAGCUGCUUAUGGCCAGCCUAUGAUUCCACAUUUGUAUGAUCCAACACACCAUUUGAGGAUGCCCUUGCCCCUGGAGAUGGCACAGGAGCCGGUUUAUGUGAAUGCCAAACAAUACAAAGGUAUCCUCCGGAGGCGCCAGUCUCGUGCCAAAGCAGAACUCGAAAAGAAGUUGAUAAAAUCCCGAAAGCCAUAUCUCCAUGAGUCCAGACACCAGCACGCCAUGAGAAGGGCCAGGAGUUCCGGGGGACGCUUCGCCAAGAAAUCUGACAAUAACGCUUCUUCUAAAAAAACAGUCGCGUCACCACAGUCCAUUAAUCCAUCGACUUCCUGUGGAUCAGAAGCCCCUGAUGCCCAACAUUUGUACAACUCAGGUAAUUUUCAGAACCAACCUGACUUGCAGGAGCACGGAUAUCAGUCACGUUCCGGGAACAUGGGCGACGGGCAUAGCUCAGGCCAGCAAUGGGGAAGCGUCUCGUCUAAUCAUCCACUUGCAAUGCAGUGAACUGAACGGGACAAUCUGGAUAUGAAUCGGUGAGUUUCGGGUUUUCAAUAUUGUCGUCGGCAAUUCAUUCUUGGCUGUUCUUUUGAGUAGUGUUUGUGCAGAGGAGUAAGUGAUGGAAUGGCUUCUUGUUCCUGUUCUUGUGUGUACCAAAUGUCUUUUAGGAUCAGUUUAGUUAUGCAUGUACUGCUUUGAGGGCUUGUUUGAUUUUAGUAAAAUAUUGCUCCAAUUUAUAUAUAUGUUCUUGUUGCAUUGCAUCGGUAAAAUAUAUUUAUUUUU